UCCAGCUGCAGGUCAAGCUGAAUGUUUGAAAACACUGAAAUUGUAGGGAGUUGAGAGUUUUUGAGCAUUCGUCAGCAGUUUUGAUCUUUUUGUGGAAUCCUCUAAUUCCUAAGCACUGGGGCUGGUGUGGCUUAUUUACUGUGGAUCGGAAUCGAUGGCCACUUAUUGCUCUGUUUCACCUCUGCCCUCCCCGAUCAUCUUUCUGCUGUUGUCUGACUUCCUCCUGCCUCUAAUAAUGGAUUUAUUUGAACUAUGUUUGGUAUUUUGUUGUUGUUUCCAUUGAUUGUACCAUUGCUGCUGAUUUCCCAGCUUCACCUUCCCAUGGUCAGGAAUUAUUUAUCCAGCUCAGGAGAACACUUCUGCUUCUGAGCUAAUAUUGAUCCUCAAAUACUGCCCCAGUUUUAUUCCCUGUAAUUCAUCUGCACAACCUGAAAGGUAAACUCUGUUUCUGUCUCCACAGAUGCUGCCUGACCUGCUGAGUAUUCCCAGUAUUUACUACUUUUGUCAGAUUUACAGCAUCCACAGGAUGUUUCUAGUAGGAUAUGAAAUUGUCGAGUGAGGGACAUCCUCGGAAAGCAGAUUGCAGUUUCACAGGGUGUUUGAAGGGGACGAUUUGCAGUGAGGAAACUUAAACCAAACAUCGCUUCGAGAUCUGACUGAGUCAUCCAAUUCAUUGUAGCCUGAAUAACAUUGGAUUUUGAACAUGGAAAGAAAAAGCGCCAUUCACAGAGGGGAGAAACUGUACACAUGUUGUACAUGCGGACAAGGUUUCAGCAGAUCAUUGGCCCUGGCAGAACAUGAAUACAGUCACAGCGGGGAGAGGCCGUUCAUCUGUUCCCAGUGUGGGAAAGGAUUCGCUCGAUCAUCCACUCUGCUGAGGCACCAGCAAAUUCACACAGAGGAGAGACCUUUUAAAUGCUUAGACUGUAGCAAGUGCUUUAAAAGCUCUAGGGAUCUGGUGUCCCAUCAACGUGUUCACACUGAUGAGAGACCCUUCAGUUGCUCUCAAUGUAGGGCUGGAUUCAGGUGGUCAUCCCAACUUGCUACACACCAGCGAGUUCACACUGGGGAGACCCCGUUCACCUGCAUGGAGUGUGGGAAGGGGUUCUCUCGGUCAUCUCACCUUAUGACACAUCAGCGGCUUCACACUGGGGAGAGGCCCUUCACCUGCUCUGUCUGUGGGAAGGGAUUCACUGAUUCAUCGAACCUCACGUCACACCAGCGAGUUCACACCAACAACAGGCCGUUCAGCUGCUUUUUGUGUGGGAAGAGAUUCACUCAGUCAUGCAAUCUGCUGACACACCAGCAUGUUCACAUUAAUGAGAGACCUUUCAGAUGUUUAGAUUGUGGGAAGUGCUAUAAAAGCUCCAAGGAACUGAUGUCCCAUCAACAUAUUCAUAGUGAGGAAAGACCUUUUAAAUGCCCAGACUGUGGGAAACAUUACAGAAGUUCUGGGGACCUGAUGUCCCAUCAGCGUGUUCACACUGAUGAGAGACCUUUCAGGUGCUCUCGUUGCGAUACUGGGUUUAGGCGAUCAUCUGACCUCAUUGAUCACCAGCGGAUUCACACUGGGGAGAGACCGUUCACCUGCACUGAGUGUGGGAAGGGAUUCACUCAGAAAUCCAACCUACUGAAACACCAGCAAGUUCACACAGAGGAGAGACCUUUUCAAUGCCCAGACUGUGGGAAGUGCUAUAAAAGCUCCGGGAGCUUGAUGUCCCAUCAACGUGUUCACACUGACGAGAGACCAUUCAGGUGCUCUCACUGUGGGACUGGGUUCAAGUGGUCAUCCCAACUCACUGUACACCAGCGAGUUCACACUGGAGAGAGGCCGUUUGCCUGCUCUGACUGUGGAAAGAGAUUUGCUGUGAAAUCCAAUCUGCUGAGUCAUCAACGGGUCCAUGAAUAACGACUGUGCUUGGAUUUCACUGUGUACUUACCUCUCGGCCAAAAAUCUGGUUUUACUUGCCAUGGAGCUACCUCAAUAUUUAUCCAAUCAGUUUGAUUCAGAAUUCUUUUUUAAAUUGAUGUUUGAACCAUGUCCAUUUGAGUCUGUGUCUACUGAAAUUAAUCAACUCCAGCUCGGUAAACACAGUCUGUCAAAACUUUUGAAGGUCCUGGCCCUUUCCUUUCAAACUGUUCUCCUUUUCUGUUGCCCCCAUCUUGUGGGGAGUUUGUGGAGCUUCUUUGUCAUUCACUUUGAGAUGAUCUGACCAGCUGCCUCUUCCACGUACUUCCUUUCCCUGAAACUGUCCUCCUCCUCUGAACCCUGAGCUCUCAACUGUGUCCAGUUCCUCUACAACCUCCAAUGCUUCUAUGAGACCAACUUCCUAGUCCCUCCACCCUUCUCAUUCAGUUGUUGAGCAAAACUCUCCCUACAUCCCCAAAUAAGUUGAUAUUGUGCAGUCUUGCUUGAUCAUGGAACUCAGUUUAAAUCCACCAUCAUCACCAUCCCGUGAAAAACCAAAUCUUGACCGCACUAUCCUUGAAAGCAACCACCCCAUCUCUGCACCACCCUUUCCUUUCAGAAGGCUUAGAACUUGGUGUCCCCCAAGGCUGGCCCGGAUGGGAUGCAUUCUAGAUUGUUGAGAGAGAUAAGGGGGCAAAUAAUGGAGCCCUUGACAGAAAUUCCACAGGCGCCCUCUGAGCACAGGAUUAGUCCCGGGGGACAGGAGGAUUGCAAAUGUGUUGCUGUGUCUUAAGAAAAGGAAACUACAGACCUGUCAGCUUGACUUCAAUAGUCCACAAACUGAUGGAGCCUGAAUUAAGGGAUAAAUAUACACUUGGAGAAAAAUAAGUUAAUACAAGAGUCAACAUAGCUUUGUCAAGGGCAGGUCAUAUCUGAUUGAUUUAGUUGAGUUCUUUGACAGGUUGUAGAUGAUGAAUAUUUGGACUUUCAGAAAGCAUUUGACACGGUGCCACUUGACAGGUUGCUUAGCGAAUUAGAAAUGUUUGGGAUUGAUGAGUUUUUUGGCAACGUGGAUUAGAGGUUGGCUAAAUGAUUGGAAACAGAUCUUAAGUAUAGGAAAGAAUUUCUCAGUCUAGAGAUGAAUUGAAAGUGGUGUACCACAUGGAUCAGUUUGGGAGCCUUGCUUUUUCUGAUCUCUAAAUGACUUGGAGAUGAGUGUCGAGGGCAAAAUCUCUAACCUUGCAGGGAGGAAAAACAAUGAACUGUGAGGAUGAUACUGAGCGACUUCAGCAGGACCCUGACAAAUUAGUCAAAUGGGUAGAUACUUAGCAGAUGAAUUUCAAUGCAGGGUUAAAAAUCACACCACACCAGGUUAUAGUCCAACAGGUUUAUUUGGAAGCAC